UUGACCUGAAAUUGCAGAAGAUUGUGCAACUUACUACCAAGUACCAACCCAUGAGUGUUGUCACUGUUGAAUAAAUGAAAAUGUUUUAUAGCACUCUAUACCAAAAAGAAGUCUUAAAAUUGCAAUAUAUAAGAAAUUACAAUGACUAAAAAUUUUUGCUGAGUUUGAUGAGGUUGCUUGGGGCAUGGAGACUGGUCAAUGGAUAUUGCAUUGUUUGUGAGAGAGGUUGAAUCCAAAGUCCAAGCUAUUGCUUUAUGUAAUCCUUAGUAGUGAGAAGCUUUAUAUUUAAAAUCCUAAAAGAUCAGAGAAAGUAACUACUCUACUGUGCUUAUUAGACAUUAUGCUUCAACCAACUUUAUAUUAAGUUUUAGAGCAUGGGCUAAACAGCAGAGAAGAUGGCAAAAUAUAGAUAGAGUAUAAACAUUUCUUUGUAUUUGAUUGUGUUAUAUAUUGAAUUGAAUCAUAUACAUGUACAAACUAAGUAGGUCAAAAAUUUUAAUCCUCUAAGGUCUACAAAAUUUGGAACCUAUCUCAGGAUUUAUAAAGAAUAACAACAGACUCUAUUGAGCCAUGAUGUUCAAAAGAGAGACUCUUGUUUUGAUCAAAUGCCUAAAUAGGUUCUCCAAAUCAUUCUCAAGGCUUGUGAUGGCAUUCUCCAAAGCCUCCAAUCUUUCAUGUGCUAUCUUCAUGUUGGAACCUUCAUUUAGCAUGGUUCUUAAAGCAGCAUCAACACACUGCAACUCAUUGGAAUUUUGUGAGUUCACUUCUUCCUUAUGCAUCCAUUUGUUCAUCCAUUUAGCUGCCUUUGACUUUGAAAGAGGACCAGCCAAGAAUGAAAGUAGGGAUUGGAAGACAGACAUGUUCAUUUCAAUGACUUCUCUUAAAACACUAAUCACAUUAGCAGCAUCUUGACCUUCAGUCAACAAUGGGAAUGCUCCAAAUUGGCUCUGCUUCAAAGAUGUGUUCAACUUCUUGACAUUCUUCUUAAUCUCCUUUGUCAACAAAUUGUAUUCGGCUAUGCUUGAUCCAAUAGUUGAAUCUGCCUUUCUCCUUCUGAGAGCAGAAUGAAGGGAUUGUACAUUUUCCUUGAUCUGCAUAACUGUGUCCCUUGUGAUUCCACAUAUAUCCAAGACUUUGAUUGAGCCAUCCAAGAUCUCUUCAAAGCAUUUGUCACCUUGAUGAUGGGAGAUAACCUUUUGAGUUGAAGCAGCAUUGAGAAGAUCAUCCAAGGAAACAUAUAAGUCUUGAAGCAAGGACAAUCCAGUGCUAAUUGACUCAGAUGUUGAAGCAGAUGUUGCUUCAUAAGUCCUGAGCUUGUUGAGCUCCUCUUGAACCUUUGUGUAGCUUGGAUGAGAUCCAUUUGGCAAACUGUUUGACCGAAUGUGAAAUUUGGUUUCCAUUGUUGUAUAUAUUUGUGUGUUCUUUUUUCUAAGGGAUUGAAGAAAGCUCUAAUGUUAGUUUGUGUGUGUUCUCUUAUCAAAUCCAUUGGCUCAUUGUCUUUAUAUAUAGAAGGUAGCUACUUUUUCAUGAUUGAUUCCUAUUGGCCAACAUAAUAAAGCAUCACAGCUCACAUAUCUCAACCAAUGAAAGCAUGGGUUACAUGCAUGGAUUUUCUUGGAAUUUGUUAAGGUUGCCACAUCUCUAACCAACAUUAUUGUGUUGUUAUAAAUGCAUUAGAAGUGCUAUCUGUCAUGUUCUCCUUGUGUUUGCAUUCACAGAACCUCAUUAGUCAUCACCAACAUUGCCUCCUCUGCUGCCACAUUAUCCUCUUUGAUUGCAAAUAUUAUAUGAUUCACUUCAAUAAUGUCCAUUGGUUUGUCCCAAUAUGAUAGAGCUAUGGAGCUGCAGCAUGGAUUAAAAAAUGGCUCCUGCAAGAAACAGCAAUCAUUAUAAUAUUUGCAAUGAAAGAGGGCAAUGUGGCAGCAAGAGGAGGCAAUGUUGGUGAUGACUAAUGAGCCAACACAAGCAAAACAAGACAGGUAGCACAAUUGCAUAACAUCACAUUAUAAUAUAAUAACAAGAGGGUAUGUCAGAGAUGUGACAAGCUUCACAUAUUCCAAGGGAAUUCAUGUAUGGACCACAUGAAUGAUUCUCACUCUGUGAUUGGGAGAUCAUUGAUGAGCUGUGUGUGAUGCCUAUAGAAACCAAUCAUCAAUAGCUUCUCUUAUAUAGAGAGAGAGUCAAGGACUUGGUACCAACACAUCAGCAUUCACAGCUCUCUUUCAGAAACAAUAAUCACCAAAAAAGAGAAAGAAAAAAAAAACAGAAAACAAUGGCAAGCAAUCUUCAUGUUCGUUCAAACAGUUUGCCAUCUGCAUCUCAUCCAUCCUCCACAAGGGUUCAAGAGGAGCUCAACAAGGUCAAGACUUGUGAAGCAACAUCCACAUCUGCAUCUGCAUUUGGAUUGUCCUUGUUAGAAAAUCUAUACAUUUCCUUGGACGAUCUUCUCAGUGUUUCUUCCACCCAAAAGGCCAUAUUUCAUCAUCAAGGUGAAGAGAUAUUGGAUGGCUCUUUGAGACUUUUGGAUAUAUGUGGAAUCACAAGGGACACAGUGAUGCAGAUCAAGGAAAAUGUACAAUCACUUCACUCUGCUCUCAGAAGGAGAAAGGCAGAUUCAAAUAUUGAAAAGAUUGUAGCAGAAUACAAUUCAUUCUCAAAGAAGAUGAAGAAAAAUAUCAAGAAGUUGAUCACAUCUUUGAAGCAAUUAGAAAGCAAGUUUGGUGCUUCCUCACUCCUGAAUGAAGAAGUGAUUAGUGUCGUAAGGGAAGUGAUUGUGAUGAACAUGUCUGUCUUUCAAUCCCUUCUCUCAUUCUUGGCUGGUCCUCCUUCAAAAUUAAAGGCAACUAAAUGGAUGAACAAGUUGAUGCAUAAGGGAGAAGUGAGCUCAAAGAAUUCCAAUGAGCUGCAGUGUGUUGAUGAAGCAUUGAACACCAUUUUAAAUGAAGGUGCUAAUGGUUCCAACAUGCAAGUAGCACAUGGAAGAUUGGAUGCUCUGGAAGAUGCCAUUGAAAGCAUUGAAAUUGCUUUGGAGAACUUAUUUAGGCGCUUGGUAAAAACCAGAGCCUCUCUUUUAAACAUUAUGACUCAGUAGAGUCUACUCACUUAUUCUUAUCUCUCUCUAAAUCCUACAAAAGAAUCCCAAUU